AUGAGUUUGAAAAGGUAGGAUGGCAGGAAUCUCUAAUAAAUGAGAAAUAUCGAGUUUAAACUUGCCAUUGAUCUCUCUGUUGACGGAUCUUGCUUAUAUAAAUAAGGACUCACUGAGGUCAUUUGUUUAGUCUAGGGACCAAGAGCUAAAACAUAAUCAGAAUUGUUGCUAAUUGAAUAUUCUGUUUCACCAUUCAGCAACAUAGAAUCGAAGAGGAGUUCUAAAUUUGAUAAGGAUUACUCAAUGUUUGCUGAAAACCUUAAAGAAUCCUUUGAAAAUCUGAUCAUCUUGGAUGAAAAUGGGAAAUCAGAAAUCUCAAUAUCAGUUUGUGUCAUCUAAAAUGAUGGAAGUUCUAAAAGUGCUGUUUUCAAUGCAAUCACUUUGGCAUUAUUGGAUGCUGGUGUUUCCAUGAAGGACUUUCUAGUCUCAGUCACAGUAGGUCUAGACCAGGGCAAUUUAAUCGUAGAUCUGACGUAAGAAGAAAGUAAAACAGCUCAAGGGGAACUUACUAUAUCAUAUUAAUCGAGAAAAUAGAAAAUUGACUUCUAUGAAUUAAAAACAUUAAAAUUAUAAUAGUAGGAGAUGGAUUAAUUAAGUAAACUAGCUGUAUCCAAAGCAGAUGAAAUCUAUCAGUGGAUGAAGGAAGAAAUUUAUUAAAUCAAACAAAAAUAGAUAGAUUAAUGA